GUAUUGCAAUAGGUAUAAAGUAGCUAUUAAAAGAUAGUCAAAAAUAAAAAUGAAGAGCUUCUCUGUUGUUUUAUUAAUCUUUAUUUUCUAUAACUUUCAUGAAACCAGUGCGAGGAGUGUUCAAUCAAGAAUAGAAAAAUGGUUAAAUAUGAAAAUGGAAGAUGUACGUGAACAAUGCGAAUCAAAUGAUAAAACUCAAUUGGAGAAUGAUGGGAUAGCACAGUUUAAUCGUCAGAUUGAUGAAUACGUCGGAAAGGACGAAGAUAUGAAUUUAAGUCAUGAGGAUUAUUACUUUAAUGUCACAUACAAUCCAAAAAUGCUCCAAGCUUUGAAAAAUGUUAUUAAAAAUAUUCAAAAUUGCCUUGAUGAAGAUGAUCGGCUUAAACCUGAAGAGUUAGUCGUCGUCAUUAACAAAGUCCUCACAAUGCACGCCAAUAGAGUAUUAAAGAUUUCUCCCACUAUUCAAAAUGACAUCACAGAUUGUUUCCCAGUUAUGAAAUUGGAACAAUGUGCAAAACCCUAUAUGCACUUGGUUCGUGGGGGUCCCGGUUUUUCUAAUCGCCAAUUGACCAUUUUACAAGUUCUUGUUCCAGCUUACGUUAUAUCAUCGUCUUGCACGGAAGUAUAUCCAUUAGAACAAUGCUUCAUGAAAUACAUGCAUAAGUGUAGUGGAAACGCAAAAAGAUAUUUUCAAGUUGUUCUCUCACCGUCGUAUGUUAUUGAUGGAAUUUGUGAAAAUUUUCUACAAAGCACUGACAUUGAUAUAAGUGAGGAAAUUAAUGAUAUCUUUCAUAAAGAAGGUGAUGCUCAUGAUGAUCAUGAUGACAAUAAUGAUGAUUCCUUAAAACGCCUAUUUCACAUGUAACAAACCUAAUUACCAUUUUUUUGAAACUAAAUAGCCUAUCUAAAAAUGGCGAAAAAUUAAAUUAAUGAAAAUUUAUAAUUACACUGUAUUAUUUUAGUUAAUAAAAAAAAAUUUCUUCUGUGUAAUAGAAAAUGUUUUAUCAAAAAAAAGUAUAAAAAAUAAAUUAUUAAAGAACAUUACGUUAAUUAAAAAUGAAAAUAGAAAUUUUUUUCGUGUAAUCUUUUGAGAGGAAGGGUUCAGGUGUUUACAGGGAAAUUCGCGCGGUAUUCGCGAAACGAGCUUUGUCGUUAUUUGCAUACAUUCUCAUUAGAUGCGACGCGACAUUAUAAUUUGAAUAUUGUGAGUAACUUCUCUAUGAUGAGAUGUAAUUCAGACGUCAGAGAGUGAACGAUUUUCAGGAUGUAUGCAUAUAAUAUUACCUUCCUGUGGUUGCAUAACGAGCUAAGACAAGUUUUUCUUUGUUGCUGAGAAAUUUUCUUUUAUUCUCCCUAACAAAAAGCUUUUCUUUUUCAUCGUUAUUAUUAUUAUACCUCUAUGCUUGUUAAUAAAUAAUGAUUGGAAUACUA